AUGUUCUUCGACUACGCCCUUGUCCAUGUCAAAUUCACCAUCCCGCUCGCGGGACUUCUCACCGUGAUAGCCAAGCCUUUUCUCACAUACCUUGAUGCUACAAGAAUCCUGUUUCUUGUGACUGUAGCUGUCACGGCUACUAUCCCUUGGGAUUCCUAUCUCAUCCGCACCGGCGUCUGGACAUACCCAGAAGACGGAGUGCUGGGGCAAUCCCUCUUCAGCAUUCCAGUUGAGGAACUCUUCUUCUUCGUCAUUCAGACAUACAUCACGUCUUUGGUGUAUAUACUCUGCAACAAGCCAGUUCUUCUCGCGCAAUAUCUCACCACCAGAGAAGCUCGCCCAGAAUGGGUUCGGCAAGGAAAGGCCUUUGGUCAAUUGCUUUUCGUUGCACUUACAGCAUUCGGCGGCUUCCUUGUCAUUCAGAAUGACCAGAGAACAUAUCUGGGGCUCAUACUCGCUUGGGCAUGUCCCGUACUAUGCAUGACCUGGAGUCUCUCCGGCGACAUGAUCCUCGCGCUCCCAUGGACGAGCACAGUCCUGCCAAUCAUGGCACCAACCAUCUAUCUAUGGUUUGUGGACGAGCUGUCGCUGAGACAAGGGAUCUGGACGAUAGAAGACGACACCAAGCUUGGGAGCCAAUUAUUUGGCAGUCUUGAUCUCGAGGAGGCCAUCUUCUUCUUGAUUUCCAACAUGCUGGUCGUCUUCGGCCUCCUUGCAUUCGACAAGGCCACUGCUGUCCACGACGCUUUUCCAGAGCUGUUCCCCCAGCCAUCCAGCUCAGUCCCUAUGAUGUCUUUGCUUCGGGCUCGUGCUGUUCCUUCGGCACAGUACGACAUGCAGCGCAUCGUCGGAAUUCAAGAGUCCGUCGCAAGACUACAGAAGAAGAGCCGCAGCUUCCACAUCGCCAGCUCUGUGUUCCCUGGGAGGGUGCGCAUCGACUUGACCUUACUCUACUCGUAUUGCCGCCUGGCGGACGAUCUGAUUGACAAUGCAGAGACUCCGGAGGAGGCACUGGACUGGAUUUCCAAGCUGAAAGGCCACCUUGACUCGGUCUACUGUGCUCCCAAGGCUGCAAACGUGGGCCACUUUAUCCGCGCCAACUUCCCGCCCUCGGCGCAUUCUGCAUUGAAUCUACUCCCCACGCACGUCAUCUCAUCCGAGCCACUCUACGAGCUCCUCGAGGGCUUCCGGACCGACGUGGAGUUCAAGAUGUCGGACCGGCCCCCGAUCCAGGAGGAGGAGCACCUCGAGCUGUACGCUUCCCGCGUGGCCAGCACGAUCGGGGAGCUCUGCCUGGACGUCAUCUUCCACCACACGCUGCAGAAGGUCGAGAACAAGCGGGCGCUGUACUCGGCCGCCAAGGAGAUGGGCAUCGCACUGCAGUACGUCAACAUCGCGCGGGACGUGGUGGUGGAUGCCAAGAUUGGGCGCGUGUACCUCCCCGCCUCGUGGCUGGAGGAGGAGGGCAUGACCACGGAGAUGGUCCUGGAGAAGCCGUCGGGCCCGCAGAUUGACGUGAUGCGCAGACGUCUGCUUGGCAAGGCGUUCCAGAGGUACAGGAACUCGAGGCCGGCUAUGGACAUGAUCCCGAAGGAGGGCCGGGGCCCCAUGAUUGUGGCUGUUGAGAGCUACAUGGAGAUUGGGAGGGUUCUCGCAGAAGGGGGGCUUCGGGUGGAGGGGAAGGCCACCGUUCCGGCCUGGCGACGCAUUGGGGUUGUGUGGAAAACAGCGCUGCGGAAUUCUUGA